UACGACGCUCUCUUGCUGCUGCUGCUGAGUAGAGUCUCUCUCCUCGCUGCUCGUUGUCACUCUUAUAAUACGGCCUGAACGCCGCGCAGCAAUAUCAUCGCCGUCGUCGUGUUUGUGUAUCAGUGUCUCUAUCCUGUGUGUUUGUGUGUAGUGUGUUUCCGGAUAUACGAGGUUCGAUUGCGUUACAACAACAACAAUAACGCUUCGAUCCCUCGGCGCGACAAUUGCUUCUUUCGAUUAUGCGUGCAUCGGCCGCGAGGAAUCGUCGUCGCGUGCACGAGGCCGCGAGCCGCCGCGGCAUUACCUGCUCGUGCGAGAAACAAGAGGCUGCUGCCAUCGUCGACAACAACGACUGCACCACGAUGAACGAGAGGCGACACUGAUGCAACACCGUUGUUGUACGUGUAAAUAAUAAUUUUGUAUAAGCGCAACGAGUUAUUAUACAUGCAGCAGCUACAGUCGAUUCACGCAAUCAACAAUGGGCCUGUGCAACAAAAGACACUUCUUGCUGACCGUUUGCACCCUGCAGCUCAUAACAACGGUCGAGCGUCAGGUCUUCGAUUUUCUCGGAUUCAUGUGGCUGCCCAUACUGUUUAACUUUUUCAACAUAAUCUUUGUGAUUUUUGGAUUCUUCGGAGCCUUUCAGUAUCGACCUAAAUAUAUCAUAGCGUAUUCCGUAUGGAACGUGUGGUGGCUGGGAUGGAACAUUUUCGUGACUUGCUUCUAUCUCAACGCUGGAAAAUUGGACAGGGACAGCGAUCUGUUGAAUUUCGGUACCAACAGCUUCUCCUGGUGGUAUGUCAACGGUCCCGGAUGCAAGGCGCACUACAACAAUACGUUGCCGGAGGUGGAUAGACCCGACGUGGUGACGGAUUGCGUCUUGAACUACGAAAUCGUCGAAGUGAUACACUCAUCGAUUCAAUGUCUGCUGGCGGUCAUGGCGAUAAUCGGUGGGAUUAUUUUAAGCCGAGUGUUCAUGGAAGAGGACGACAGCUUUGACUUUGUCGGCGGUGACGACUUCGGUACAGCUGGACACACGCCGCUGCACCCUAUGUACGUUAGCUACUCGGCACUGUCUCCGCCAAAGCUGUCGACCUUCGUCGGCACCGGUGGCAGCGGCGCCGGCAACACGUCCACCACAGGCAGCAAUAAUCGAGAUCGUGAAAGUUACUACUACCCUACCAAUACGGCCACAACGACGACAUCGGACUCGCACCGGUCCACGUCGGCGGCCACCCUGGCCGAUCCAACCACCUUCGUGACGACGCCGCAACAGCCGCCUCAGCAGCAGCAUCAUCACCAGAAACAGGCCUCGAAAUUGUCCGCCCUGUCCGCUCUGUCCGCGCACUCUGCGCACUCGACGACGCACUCGUACCGGCAGUCGCCCGCCUCGACUCCGGUCAGCUCGCAGAGGCGAGUGAUGCACGCGAGUCCGCUCGUGGCGACGACCGCAGCCGCAGCCCAGGUCGAUUACGACUACUCGAAUCCCAUCGAUCAGCUGCCGAGCUACAGAAAUCGCGAGGAUUACGACACGCUGAAUCCGCCGGUCGCACACAACAGCGGCAAUCGACGCAUGUAUCAGCGCGGCGGAAACAGCGCCAGAGCGGGCCCGGCUCCACCGAUGCCACCCUACAGUCCGUUGAUGGGCUACAGACAGCAGCAGCAGCAACAGCAGCAGUCGCAUCUCAACAGAACUCAAUUGUCGCCCAAUGGAAUUAGAAAUAGCAGAAACUCGAUCAGGCCGCGCAUGUACGCCGAUCACAUAAGAGAACAGCACAGUCAAAGCCGACUCAGAUCGUUUCACUCGGAUCCGAGAUUAGCCAUUGAGGAGCAAUCGAACACGGUCGACUCGACUCGGAACAAUCACCGCAAUUCGCCCCAUCAUCGUCAAGCGCAGCAGCAGCGCGAAGACGUUAGACGACGCGAUGGCCGGCCGAUUUCGAUGUUCAUCAAUAACUACUAAACAACUGAAUAACUCACUCGCUCUCUCUGACUCUCGUGAGAGCGUAACAAGGGGCGAGCUUAUUGUCAAAAGUCUGAUCUCCUCGCGUGGAUAGAUUAAUCACUCCUUUUUAAACGUUUACUUCUUUAUUAAUUGAAUCAGGGAUGAGGUUGACGAAAUAAAUCUCUGGUCAUAGGCAACGAUAAUGGACAUUCUCGUUGUUGCUAAAUGUUUUCUUACUCGAUAAAAGCACGUCGGUCGAGAGAAUACACGAACGUACUGACUCAGUUUUUGUAUCUGAACUUAUACUUUUCUACCGCAUAGAUUUCGUGACGAAACAUUGCAUUUUUUUCACUUACAAGUACAAUCUUCUUUUCAAUAAAUUUUAGAUUAAAUAAAAGUCAUCGAUGAAUGAUUUAGCCUUCACUGACACAACGAAACUACCGUAUUAAUUACAUUUUUCAAUUACUUUAUAACUAGUAUUUAAUACGUACAGGCUUUCAUACAAACAUAAAUUGUAAGAUGUUUUUGUAACGUGAACAAAUUUUUUAUAAAAAAAUCAAAGAAACAAGAAGUAUUAUACACGAAAAAUGUGGAAUUUCUAAACUUGCCAACUACGAGGGAUAUUUAUCGCUAUGUAAUAUAUGAUGAAUUAUUAUUCACAAAAAAGCUUUAACUAAACAAGCGAGUGCCUUUAAAAAGAGAAAACUUGGUUGAAUAUUCAGUAUGUCGCGUGCCUUUGAAGAAUUUCAUAUUUAUUGAUAUAUAGUUUAAAAAAUAGCUUUGUAAGUGUACUUGACGUACUAAACUAUUAGAAUGACUUUUGAUAUGAAUGUUAGAAUUAACUUUUGAUAACCACUAGAACUUAUGAGUAAGUUUGUAUGAAAAAGAGUAUUUAUCGUGCACAUGAACGUAUUUUUUGCACAAUAAAUUGACUUAAAGAAUCAAUAACGCACUGAUAGACUGUGAUAAAUAGAUAAGCUAUGGAAAAUGUAUCAUAUGAAUUCUCAUUUGAAACGCUGACACCGAAAUUUAUUCUAAUAAUAUUUCAAAUUUAAUAUGGGCUUGACUUUUUAAUGUAAGGUUGUUACUGCACUUACUGUACUCGUUCAUUUUAAUUAUCAAUGAACUAUUAAGAUUUUGUGAAAGCCUAUUAACUUUUGUACAUUGUGUCAAUUAAUAUACUUAUGUUGCAUUAUCAAAUAAUUUUUCGUACUAAUUAUCGAUCAUUUAGACUAUGGAAUGUAAGAAUUAAAUUUUUAGUUUAAGAUUCGAUCUUAUUUAGGAAUUGUACAAUAUAUUUAUUUUAUAUUUUAUCGCAUAAGCAGUUGCAAUUUAAUUUAAUUUAUAAAUGUUAAAUUUUAAAAUAAGUUUUGUAGAAAAAGUCGAUUUGUUCCAUGUCUUUUUUUGUUAGUUGCCUUUUUUAUGUGUCUACGAAACUUUACGUAGUGCGAUGGAUAAUAUGUGUUCCUAGCUUAAGUUUACUACAAUCGAUUGAUUACAAAUUAUAGCACUCGAAUACAUUUUAAAUACAAGCAUAAUCAAGACUAUGAACUGAAAUAAAAAUACAAUAUUUGCAAAUUUA